AUGUCCAGCCACGAGGAAGAUGAUCACGACCACGAGACCGAGCACGGCGACGAUGUGGAGGAGCAGGAGAUCCAUGUGGAUGUUGACUCCGAUUCCCGGAUGUCGUGCGGCAGCGGAUCCGAUGUGGAUAUGGACGGCGGCAGCUGCUACGACGAGUCCGAAACGCCAUUGAGUGAGUCGCUGCAGUCGGAGCAGACGCGUUCCUCGUCCAGCGAGAAUCUCCCCUUCAGCAUAUCACGCCUGCUAUCCAAGCCCUUCGAGACGAAUCACCACCACAACAACAACCAUAAUCACAGCGCCAGUCCCGGCUCCAGCAACAACAACAACAACAACGGAGAAAAGGGCGAAGAGAAGGAGCUGCUGCAGGCCGAGGAUCAGGACCUGGCCGCCUAUAAGCUGGCCACCAGCAUCGCCAACUCGACGUACGGAAGCGCCGCAGCCCUCUACUCGUAUCCGCAUCUGUACCCCUCGGCGGCGGCAGCAGCAGCGGGCCAUGUUCUGCGUGUGCCACCCCAGCGAACGCCGCUCACCUGGGCACUGCCGCCGCUGCAUCACGCGGCGCUGGCCCAUCAGGCGGUCAAGGAUCGGCUGGCAGCUGCCUUCCCCAUUGCCCGACGGAUCGGACAUCCCUACCAGAAUCGCACGCCGCCAAAGCGAAAAAAGCCGCGCACCUCCUUCACCCGAAUCCAGGUGGCCGAGCUGGAGAAGCGAUUCCACAAGCAAAAGUAUCUAGCCUCCGCGGAGCGAGCGGCUCUGGCUCGGGGCCUCAAGAUGACCGAUGCCCAGGUGAAGACGUGGUUCCAAAAUCGACGCACCAAGUGGAGACGUCAAACAGCCGAGGAACGAGAGGCGGAAAGGCAGGCUGCCAACAGGCUGAUGCUCUCUCUUCAAGCGGAAGCCAUUAGCAAGGGCUUUGCCCCUCCGGCGGCGCCUCUGAGCUCCCAGGGGGGUGUAAAUGGGGCGCCCCUGGCGGCGCUCCAUGGACUGCAGCCCUGGGCGGAGGCGUCGCAUGCGGCGGGAUGCUAAUCGCCGACAAGUAGGCGGCAGCUGGUUUAUUUGUGAUACACUUCGCUUUGUACAUACAUCUGUAGUUCGAGGAGCAUGAACAGUGAACACUCGAGCAGAGGACUGUUCGCACUGUACAUAGGAGGGGGGGACGGAGGAGAGAAGCCCCCAACUCCCACCUGUAAAUACGUAGCUUUACUCUGUAGAGACGCUUACUUAACCCACAACCAGGAGUUGGAGGUCCUGGACUAGCGCUUUAAGUUUGUGUAGACUUUCGAAUUUCUGUUUUGUGUUUCGUAGUGCUGCAUUUAGACUCUUAGUUAUUGUUCAAAAAGUUGAAUCGAAGGCAAAACGCAUCUCAAAAGGUCUAGAAAUAAUAUAUUUAAUAUAAAAAAUUAUAUACCGAUUGUAAUGUAUUGUAAUUGUAAUAUUUGUCUCUAGGCUUAAGUCAACUGGCAUUACUUAGUAUUAUAAAUUAUGAACCUUAAAUAUAUGUAUGAUCAUUGAAGCGCCAACAAGAA